AUGCAUUCAGAAAGGACCCGUGUAUCCUACACGUUGUAUCACGGCACGGUGGUGCACACCCCGAGCUUGGGCCAGUUGCUCAUACAACCAAAGAUGCUUAUCGGAGUAACGCAAGAGGGCAAAAUCGACUAUUUUAGCCACUAUGGCGAACAAGAACAUGCCUUGCACAAGACGCCGCAGGCGUUUUUCCAGUGGCUGUGUGAUCAGCGCGGCUAUGGUCCGCCUCAACCUACCUCUGAUCGAAACCGUUGGGAACACUAUAUUCCUGGAAGAGGGAAUGGUGGAAAUGAUCGGUCAAGACGGUAUGGGUACGACUACGUAGACUUUUCGAAACAUCCGUCCAAGUUCUUGGUGCCGGGGUUUUUCGAUACCCAUAUCCAUGCAUCGCAGUUUCCCAACGCCGGGUUGGGAAGCGAGCUUCCGCUCUUGGACUGGCUUGAAAAGUACACAUUUUCCUUAGAGAACCGUUUCCGGGCUCCGGACGGCGAAGAGCUGCCUAGCGCCCGCAAACGGCGCUUGCAGAUGGCUAACACCAUAUACUCGAGAGUAAUCAAUCGUACUUUGGCCGCUGGAACGACCACUGCCUCGUAUUUCGCAACCAUAGACACCGAUACAACCAACGUCUUGGCCGAUUUGGCCGUGCAGCAUGGCCAAAGAGCUCUUGUUGGCAAGGUUUGCAUGGACUGUAAUCCCACCUACCCGGAGUAUGUAGAGCCCGACGCCGAAGCGCUGGUCCGCGGGACGGUCGAGGUUCUCGAGCAUUGUGCUGGUCUCAAUGUUUCUGUACAAUCUCUGGGCGGCCCCAAAAUGGUCCAGGGUAUCGUGACGCCGCGGUUUGCUCCUCUGUGUCUGGGCGAGCUCAUGAAACGUCUUGGUGCUCUUGCAUCGAAAUACAAUGCUCCUGUUCAGACACACAUAUCUGAAAAUAAGGAUGAGAUCAAGCUUGUGGCGGAUCUUUUCCCAGAGUGCAGUGAUUAUACCGGCGUGUAUGAUGACCAUGGCCUUUUGGGCGCUCUGACAAUUUUGGCCCAUGCGGUGCAUUUGACCAAGCACGAGUGCAAAAAGAUUCUGCAAAAGAACUGCUCGAUUCUGCAUUGUCCUUCUCUGAACACCUUUCUUACGAGCGGCACUGCUCCAGUCAAGAGGUACUUGUACGAAGACAAGAUCAAUGUGGCUUUGGGCACAGACAUCUCCGGUGGCUGCGACUAUUCCAUUCUCUCAGCUAUGAAAGAGCUGAUCAUGGUGCUGCACCACCUCAAAAUGGAUAAGGGCAAAGAUAAGCAGCAACUGGUCGACACAGCGCCAGACAAUGGACUUGUCACAGUAGCAGAUGCGCUCUACAUGGCCACGAUGGGAGGAGCGGUGGCAUGCGAUAUGGGAUCGGAAUUGGGCUCGUUCGAAGUGAACAAAUGGUUUGAUGCUCAGCUUAUAGAUGUGAUGAGCCCAGAUCUGAACAUCGAUGUGUUUGAUUUCCAGGAGCCGGCGCUUGACGACACGGAUAUGGUCGACAAGGUUCGGCAGUUGGUUCAUCGGUGGAUUUUCUGCGGCGACGACAGAAAUUGUGUCAAGGUUUGGUGCAACGGGCGCCAAGUGGUGGAUAAAGAGGAUCGGUGGGUAUAUCUUGGGUAG